UCAAUGAAUAGGGACACUAUAGCAUCGGAAGUGUACGGCGCUUUCUAUCUUAUACAACAAAAUUUAUAUAACACUAUUGUAGACAUGGGUUCGGGUGACGGAGGGAUCACUAAACUGUUGGCCACUCGUGUCCCACACAAGGGAGUUAUCGCUAUAGACUCUAACCCACGGAUGACAGCCCACGGCCAGCACUUUAAUAGUGUAUCAACUGUUGAGUACAUCACACAAGACAUGUCCGUCUCGUGGCCGGAGCUGAGCGACAAUAUCCGGCGCCUGGAGUCCAAAGUGGACCUCAUAUUUAGUAACUUUUCAUUUCACUAUUUCCACGAUAAGUACCAACUUUUGUCAAUAUGUCGGCAACUGUUGGUCACCGGCGGCACAAUUCGCGCCAAUAUCCCAUUGUUUGAUGAUCUCAGCGAUAAACUGCCGGCCAAUCAGCGCCUGGAGUGGUGUCCGUCCGUUGACCAACAGUUAGACGUCUGGCGCCGGGAGUUAAGUGACACUGGAUUUACAAUCAACGAGUUUGAGACGAGAAAAGUGACUUUUGCUGUAAAUCGGCGCCAAAUAAUAGCAUAUUUACCUGUGCUAAUGUCAGUAUAUAAGUCAUACUUCACUGCCAGUGGUUUGCCGUACAAUCAAUGUCCGGAUUUGGCGGACAUUGUGUUUAAUGUCUACAAUAAUCUCGGAGCCGAUCGGCCCAACCCUAAUGCGUGGACAUUGUUUUUGGCCAAAGAAGACAUCAGUGAAGUGGUCACUCAUAUGAGAUUAUUAAGACUUGUUUGUCAUAAAAAUUAA